AGUCAGCAGAUGGCGGUGUGCGAUUUUAAGGCAAUGCUGUUAGUGUGACGUAUAAUCUAGUGGACGGAACGCAAUGCUGUUAGUGUGACGUAUAAUCUAGUGGACGGAACGCUUCUUUCAGCAGCAGCAACAUUUAGUCAGACACCUCCGUAGCUUCCUAGCCAAAAUAGCCAAACCCAUAAAGCUCUUUAGAAGAUUUAGUGUAUAUUAGCCACUGUAUUUUAAACCCUCUUCUGUCGUCUAGUUAGUAAGUUAUCCUAUUCCAUUUCAUAUUUACGUUGUUGUAGUUAUUAUUCAGCUGGCGGGCUGGUUAAAUUAGCAUUAGCCUAGCUAGCUAACAUCUCAGACCAUGAGUUCACUAAAUUACUCUCUUCCUGCUGAAGAAGAGACGGUCUGCUGGACGGAGAAAGAAGCUCUCAUCAAAGAGGAGGAGGAAGAGAAGGAUGUUACAAUACAAAAACAAGUAGAGGGUGAGGCUGUUACAGGGAAAGAAGAGAAAGACGUUACAGUGAAAGAAGAGGCGUUCAGAGUGAAAGAGGAGGAGGGUGUUACAGUAAAAGAUGAGGAGGUUUCAGUUUUUGAAGUGAAAGCGGAGGAGGGGGAGAAUACGGUCAAAUCAGAAGAAGAGGAGGAGGAAGAGGAGACUGUUACAAUACAAAAACAAGUAGAGGGUGAGGUUGUUACCCUGAAAGAAGAAGAGAAAGACGUUUCAGUGAAAGAAGAGGAGGAGGGGGAGAUUACGGUCUCAUCGGAAGAAGAGGAUGAGGAAACUGGAUAUCUGGGCCCGAUUUCCCAAACGCAAUUUAAGGCAUCCAGUGGUUCUAAAGAUGAACUUAGCCAUAAGAUGGUUUUGAGAAACCGGGCCGUGAUUACCACUGGAGAGAGAUGUGACUAUCGUGGAUCCUCUGGGGAGCCUCGACAACAUCAUGAGGCAGAGAAAAGUCUCUCCAGAUCAGACCUCCUCAAGAAACACCAGCAGAGAUCCACAGGGAAGAAAUCUCACUGCUGCUCUGACUGUGGGAAAUGUUGCAAAUCUUCAUCAGAACUUAAAAUACACCAGAGAACACACACAGGAGAGAAACCAUAUGGCUGUGCUCAAUGUGGGAAGAGUUUUUCUACAUCUAGCCAUCUGACUGUACACCAGAGAACACACACAGGAGAGAAACCAUAUAGCUGUGAUCAAUGUGGGAAGAGUUUUGCUAAAUCUAGCCAUCUGACUACACACCAGAGAACACACACAGGAGAGAAACCAUAUAGCUGUGAUCAAUGUGGGAAGAGUUUUGCUAAAUAUAGCCAUCUGACUGCACACCAUAGAAAACACACAGGAGAGAAACCAUAUAGCUGUAAUCAAUGUGGGAAGAGUUUUUCUACUCCUGGCUAUCUAACUAUACACCAGAGAAUACACACAGGAGAGAAACCAUAUAGCUGUAAUCAAUGUGGGAAGAGUUUUUCUACUCCUGGCUAUCUAACUAUACACCAUAGAACACACACAGGAGAAAAACCAUAUAACUGUGAUCAAUGUGGGAAGAGUUUUACUUGGCCAAAAAGCCUGAAUAUACACAAGCGGACACACACAGGGGAGAAAUCUCACUGCUGCUCUGACUGUGGGAAGAGAUUCACCUCCUCAGCAGGCAUUAUAAUUCAUCAGAGAAUCCACACAGGAGAGAAACCUUUUAGCUGUGAUGAAUGUGGGAAGAGUUUUACUAAGUCUUGCAAUCUGACACGACACCAGAGAACACACACAGGAGAGAAACCUUAUACCUGUUAUCAAUGUGGGAAGAGUUUUGUUUCAUCUGGCCUUCUGACUGUACACCAGAGAAUACACACAGGAGAGAAACCUUAUAGCUGUAAUCAAUGUGGGAAGAGUUUUACUCAGCUAAGCAACCUGAUAACACACCAGAGAACACACACAGGCGAGAAAUCUCAUAGCUGUACUCAAUGUGGGAAGAGUUUUACUCAGCUAAGCAGCCUGAUAAUACACCAGAGAACACACACAGGCGAGAAAUCUUAUAGCUGUACUCAAUGUGGGAAGAGUUUUAGCCAGUCAACCAGCCUGAUAUCACACCAGAGAACACACACAGGCGAUAAAUCUUAUAGCUGUACUCAAUGUGGGAAGAGUUUUAGCCAUUCAACCAGCCUGAUAUCACACCAGCGAAUACACACAGGAGAGAAACCUUAUAGCUGUAUUCAAUGUAGGAAGAGUUUUAGCCAUUCAACUAGCCUGACACGACACCAGAGAACACACACAGGAGAGAAACCGUAUAGCUGUGAUGAAUGUGGGAAGAGUUUUACGAAGUCUUGCAAUCUGUCACGACACCAGAGAACACACACAGGAGAGAAACCUUAUACCUGUUAUCAAUGUGGGAAGAGUUUUGUUUCAUCUGGCCUUCUGACUGUACACCAGAGAACACACACAGGAGAGAAACACUAUAGCUGUGGUAAAUGUGGGACGAGUUUUGUUCCAUCUGGCGAUCUGACAGUACACCAGAGAACACACAUAGGAGAGAAGUAUUUUAUCUGUAAUCAAUGUGGGAAGAGUUUUGUUCCAUCUGGUGAUCUGACAGUACACCAGGGAACACACACAGCAGAUAAGUCUUUUAGCUGUAAUCAAUGUGGGAAGAGUUUUUUUUCAUCUACUGGUCUGACAAUGCACCAGAGAACACACACAGGAGAGGAAUCUUUUAGCUGUGACCAGAGAUAAUCUGAUUAAAGAUAUCUGAUCAAAUAUUGCAAAAUACAUACAUGAAGGAGUUGAUUCAUGAUAUCAAUGAAAUAAUGUCACAAUGUAGAAUGUUUUAACAUUGUAGUAGGAAUAUUUUAACAAUGUCACAAUGUAGAAGCCUAAAUGUUUGCCCCCUUAUCAAUUGAUUUCAGCAUGAUAUGGAUAUCAGCCUCAGGGGAGGAGUACUAUUUAUGAGAUUUAACAAAAAGUGACUAACAAGAAAAGAGUUGUGUUCCACUUACCACGUUAGUGACCCACUUGAAUCAAAAUGCAACACUUCAGAAUGUAGCGAUCUGUUUUCUACAAGCUGUCCUCUAACCAGGGAUGUACACAUUAUUCCCAGGUUCUGUGUGGUUUUUGAGCUGUUAGUUUUAACAGGACGUGCAACCUCCUCUCGCACAAUUGAUUUCAACAUAAUAUCGAUGAGUGAUGACAAAUAAGUGUUGUGUUCCUUUGUUCAGCGACCCCUACAUUUAAAUGCAUCACUCCUUUAGUUGCUCCACCUUUUUGGUUUGCUUCCUGUCUUUAAGUUUAUUGUGGGUUUUUCUUUUGUUUGCCUCUUCUUGGGCAGAUUUAGUGGGUCUCAUGGUUGGUGUCUUUUAUGUCCCAGUUGUUGUUACUAGUCAACUUUCACUGGACACUGAGAGAAAAAUUGCAACAUUAUGUUAAAAUACUUUUAUUGCAUCAAAUGGUUGUUUUAUGCAACAGAAUAGAGGGUUCUUAGAACUAUUGUGUCUGUGUGUUCUACUGAGGAUGGGCCUCUGGGAGAAAACACUGACAGGAGAUUUACAAUGUCUUUUGGGUAAAAAAAACCUAAAGAGACCGCAUUCCAGAGCAUGAGUUAAUGUUUCUGUUCUAUAUGGAACCAGGGAGAGAUGACCCCAGGGCCAGACCCUGGUCUCUACACAAAGAGUACUGUUUUUACAGCAGAUACUGUCUGCUGAGAAUUAUAAGUAUCUUUCAUACAAAUCUUAACCUUGUGACCCGUUCUAUACAUCUGUUGUUCGUCAUGUAGGUUGAACGACCUUUGUACUUUUGUCUUGUCGCUCUCAACGAAUCAUCUGGGGGUGAUUUGUCAACCAGCCAUCAUCGUACAGCACUCAAUUGAUUAACUUUAUAUUUGCGUGUUGUAUUGACCUGCUCCCUUAUUAAUAA